GGUUUCAUUUCUUACACGCGUUUAUACAAUUCAAAAUUUCAUUACCAAACCCUAAUAUAAAUUUCAAUGCCUUUUAAUUUCAUAUUGCAAAUUCCAUUCUUUCAUUCAUUUCUUCGAUUCCUUUCCGACAAUGGAACCCAAAUCGACGACGACCAGUUCGCCGUUGCUGUCGAUCCUAAUCUGCAUCAAUCUCGCCGCUGCAGCUUCUGCCCAUUUCUUCCCCAACGUUUCGUCGAUUCCGCCGUCGUCUAUCCCCAACACCACCACUUGGGACACUUUCCGAUCACUCGCCGGCUGCCGGAAAGGCGUCACCGCCGACGGCCUGGCGCAGCUCAAGAAAUACUUCCACCUCUUCGGCUACAUCACAAAUUCCUCCGGCGAUUUCUCCGACGACUUCUUCGACGACAACCUCGAAUCCGCCGUCAGAAAUUACCAGCUGAACUUCAAUCUCAACGUCACCGGCGAAUUGGACUCGCCGACGUUGAGCCAUGUGGCGCUUCCCCGGUGCGGGAACCCCGACGUCGUCAACGGAACUUCGACGAUGCGGUCGGGGAAGCCUUGGGAUUCCGGCGCGGCGGCGCAGACGGUGGCGCACUACUCAUUCUUCCCGAACCGCCCGCGGUGGCCGGCGGGGAGGAGGAAUCUCGAAUACGCUUUCUCGCCGGAAAAUCAGCUUUCCGACGAGGUGCGCGCCGUCUUCCGCCGAGCCUUCGACCGGUGGUCGGCGGUCACGACGCUGACGUUCACCGAAACGACGUCGUUUAGAUCCGCGGACAUCCGGGUCGGGUUCUUCAGCGGCGACCACGGCGACGGCGAGCCGUUCGACGGCGCGAUGGGCACCCUGGCCCACGCUUUCUCGCCGCCGGCCGGCCGCCUCCACCUCGACGGCGACGAGAAUUGGGUCCUCGACUUCGCCGCCCUCCAGGCGGCGCCGGCGGCCGCCUUCGAUCUCGAGUCCGUCGCUGUCCACGAAAUCGGGCAUCUAAUCGGGUUGGGUCAUAGCUCCGUCGAGAACGCGAUUAUGUACCCGACAAUCUCGUCGGGCACCCGAAAAGUCGAACUCGGGCGUGACGACAUUAUGGGCAUCCAAGAGCUCUACGGGUCCAACCCAAAUUACAACGGGUCGGACCCUGUCCGUGGCGAAAACGAUACGAAUACCUCGCCACGUGUCCUGCAUCCGUGGCAUCAGCAUGGCUUCCUGCUGGCCGUCGGAUUUUCCACUCUAGUAUUAUCAUUGAUCUAGAUUCUAGAUGUAUUUAUUUAUUUUUGAAAAAAUAUAUAUAUAUUUUUUAUUUGUACGUAAACACAUGGGAAUUGACUUUUCUAUAUCAAUUCUUUUAGAAAUAAAUUUCGAGGCAAAAAAUAAUUUUGGGGUCACGGACGAUCUAAAAUGUCUUGAUAAUUAAA